AUGGCCACCGAUAGCCUCAUGGAGAAAAUAAUAUCUCCAGAUUCAUCCCAGUCAAAAAACCCACUUCCAGAGCGCAAAGCCCGAGCCCCGUCGCCCGAGUUUGAUCCGAAAGCCGGUGAAAACAGACUACGCCCAGCUGGAGAUAUCAUCAGUCGUAUAACUUGGGACUCUGGAUUUGAUCGCAGUGAUUAUGUAAUUGGUUUUAUGGAUAGAUUCGAAGGUCAAUUGGAAGUCGGCAUGGAUAGUUGGAAGAAAGAAACCACCGACGAGGAAUUUAUUCCACAGCAUCGGGUGUUAUACAUUCGGCACAACAAUGGGGAGAUUGUUUGGGAUCGCAGGAGACGUAUUGACAAGAUUUUUUUCAGUGGAAACUCAGCAUUCAGCGAGCUGGCGUUUCUUGCCUGA